CUGUCGUCGUCGUCGUACAAAGCCUUCGAUCGAAGCGACGCGGCACCUCGCCUCGGCCCUACAACCUUUAUCUCGAGCCGGGAAAGUCUAAACAGGCCGUAUUCUGCAUACCUCUUCGAGAUUCGCCUCUUCGACGUCGCCCAGCAGUCUCGCGCCGGCCAAAGCCGCAACCGAAGGCAUCUCCAUUCUUGCAGCCGUAGCGCGCCGCCGCCGCUGCCGCCGCCGCCGAAAUGGCACCGCCGUGCAACGUGUUCCCGGUUUCGAAGCUGGAGCUUCACGUUCAAGCCGAUGUCAAGGGCAAGAAGCGCAAGCUCCCGGGGGGCGCUGACGUCGACUUGACCAAGUGUGCGCUGAAGGAGAUGACGCAGUAUCGGUGCUUUAUCGACGACCCAAAGUCCCGAGACAGCCCGGUGCGAUGUUGGCCCAUACACCGGCUCUUUCGGCAAUGUCAGGACAAAAAGGGAACAUUCACAGUUGAGACGACAGCCUGGGAGGGUUCAAGCUCCAACACUCAUCAGAGCCCCCCAACGACAGGCGGCCCCAAACUUGACGGGGGCCACCACGACGUGCCGUCGUACCACGAAUGGUUACGGGCGUAAAAGGAUGAUUAGGCACGGCAUGAGUAGCCUGGACUUUUCUCAUUGAAUACACCAUGAAUACCAGAUGAUGGUUUGAAUGCAUGCCUACAUGCCACCAUUCGAGGUUGUCCGUUAGUGACCAGCCAGCCAUCAUCUGCAUCGGGUCAAAUAUACGCCUGUCAUCACCUAUGCAAACCACCUGCUUAUAGUCUCG